UCAACUCACAAUCGAAAACGCCACUUAGAAUACAGAAAUCAGUCAAAUCACUCCCAACAAAAGAGAGUACUAGCUUGGACAUUGGACUACUUCCGUCUUCUCCAGUUUUCCACUUCGAACCCCCAAAAGCGCGGGCUCAAAAACACUGAACCAGAAAACCUCUCAGCCCUAACUUCAACUCUCCAAUGGCGGCCUCCAUCGCCGCCGCUACCGCAACCAAGUCUGUCGACGCUUCUCUCUGGUUCGACUCUUUCUCUCUCCUCCUCACUGACCUCGAGAAUCUCUCUCCUUCCUCCUCCGACCUCCCUCCUUCUCUGGCGGAGAAGUUGAAGCAAAAUCAUGCCUGGUUCUUGAAUACCGUCACACAGUUUAAACCGCCGAGUGAGGCGUCGAAAGGGGCUUUGAAUUCUGAACAAGUCAAUGUUGGUUCGCAUAAAUUGAGUAUUAAGCCUCAAUUGAGGGAUUUAGCUUUCAAGCUUAGCUCCACUGUGUGCUUAGAUGAGAUACAAUCAUACAUUCUUGUCGAAAGGUCGAUGGAUCAGAAAGCUGAUUUAGUUGAUGGAGCCAUUCAAGGUUUUCUUCACGAGAUAGUGCUGCAAUAUUAUACUCAAAGGCUAUGCUUACUGAAAUGUGCUCGCCAGAUGAUCAUUCAUGGAUUGAAUGUUGGAUCAGCUGUUGAAGAAGGUUAUGCCAUUUUGCAUGAGGUGUCUGAGCUCAUUUCCGAUGGCCUAGAGGGAAAGUUGAUAUCUAUUCUAGACAGACAAUUGUCAGUAUCUUUUCCUCAGCACAUGGAUGUUGAUCUUUUCAUUUUAUGGGCUGAAGCGAUUCUGAUUGAAGACAACUUGAUUUUGGACAUUCUAUUUCUUGUAUAUUAUGAGUCGUUCUCUACGUGCGGUGCUUCUAAAUGGAAGGCGCUAUGCCUGCUGUAUAAGGACAUGACAGCAGGAUCUUCAAACUUUGUUAAGCUGGGGGUGUCUGCUGAAGCUUGUAAAUAUUGUUAUCGUGCUAAGAUUCAGAUGCUAUUGAUCCUUAUCGAGACCUUAGACUUUGAGAGUCUUCUUCAAAUGAUACAUGAUGAAAUCCCCUUUAGCAGGGACAGCUCUUGUGUGUUUUCAUCAAGUGAUAUCCUAGAGAUGGAUUCUGUAAUCUCCAGUUUUGAUAUUUACGAGACCAAAGAAGUGGGCCCUCUGAUCCUUUCCUGGGCUGUUUUUCUUUGCCUGAUUGUAUCUCUUCCUGGAAAAGACGAACAUAAUGAUCUAACGGAAGUUGACCACGUUGGAUAUGUUCGUCAAGCCUUUGAGUCUGCUUCAUUGAGCAUUUUUAUGGAUAUUCUUCGAAGUGAUGUGUUGAAGGAUUCAGAUGGACCUCUUGCUGGAUACCGGAGCAUAUUGAGGACAUUUGUUGCUGCAUUUAUUGCAUCUUAUGAAAUUAAUACCCAGCUGGGAGAUGAUACGUUCAGACUGAUAUUAACUAUUCUAUGUGAGAUAUACCGAGGAGAGGAGUCACUCUGUGUACAAUUCUGGGACAAGGGAAGUAUAGUUGAUGGUCCUGUUCGUUGUCUUCUUUGCAAUUUGGAGGCUGAAUUUCCAUACAGAACUAUCGAGCUGACACGCUUUUUAGCAGCACUCUCUGAGGGGUGGUGGCCUGCAGAGUGUGUGUACAAUUUUAUGGAGAAAUCUGUUGGAAUAUCAUCUGUGCUUGAGAUUCAUAGUGACUUAUUGGUUGGCGGAGCAUCUCAGAUGAUUGAGACUCAAUAUCCAUUGCAUGUUCCAACUGUUGAAGGUUUACUUAUUCCAAGUAAAACACAUGGUCGUAUUUUGAGAAUGAUUGAUUCCAAAACUGCUCUUGUGCGCUGGGAGUACAAGCAGUCUGGGAUGGUUGUCCUGCUUCUGCGUUUAGCCCAGAUGCUGGAGUUGGAUGGAAAUGAAGAGGUCCUUGUGGUCCUUGAUCUUUUCAGUCGAGUUGUAUCCUUCAACAUGGAUGUUUGUUUCUCUAUGAUGAAUAUUGGCAAGUCUCUUCAUCUUCAAACAAACUUUGGUGAUGAGCAUAUGGAGGGUGGUAUUUGGAUUGACAUGGUUGAGGUCUUGUGCAACAUCGUCAAGAACCUAUCACCUUAUAGUGGCAGUGUUUUAGCCAUGUCCAUGAAUGUCAAUAUUUUGGCAAAGAUGAUGAAGUGUUGGCCGACUCAUGUUAGUGCUGUAGUUUUGAAGAUGAACAUAUUUGAUCUGUCGCUAACGUCUAGUAUAUUCGGUAACCGGGGCAAUGGUUUAUCAAGUGGUUCAUGGUUACUUUCUGGAAGACUUGCGAAAAUGCUUUUGAUUGAUUGUGAGCACAACGUUGGCUGUCCCUUGACUAUUUCAGUUCUGGAAUUCACCAUGCAGCUUCUUGGAGCUGGGGUAGAAAAUGAGUUUUCCCAUGCUCUUGUCAUGUUUUGUCUUCAGUAUGUCUUUGGUAAUCACGAGUACUGGAAAUAUAAGGUGAAACAAGACCGAUGGAACGUCACGUUGAAAGUGCUUGGAGUACUGAAGAUAUGCAUAAUAUCUAUCCCUUACCUUAAAAAGCUUGGUGGAAAUAUCAGAGAUAUUAUCCUUUCUGAUUCUUCUAUCCAUAGCAUGAUACUUCGAAUUAUUUGUACAACAUCACCAGCAUUAGAGAAACUCAACGUCAGCAGACUUUAUGAUUGGAAAGAGAUUGAUGGUUUGCAGCAUGCAAUAUGUUCCAUGUUGGAUAUUCUAGUGAACAUUCUCUCCAAAUUCCUAGAGGAUGAUUUCUCUGGGUUGCCAGUAUUCUAUCAAGCAUUGCUGUCAAACUCUACUAAGCCGAUUCCUGUUGCUGAGGCCCUGGCAUCCUUAAUCUCGUAUUUCCGAAAUCCUGCUAUACAAGUGGGAGCUACUGCAGCACUUUCAAUGUUGUGCCGAACUGCUGAUCAUUCACAGCCUUAUUUAUCUGGGAAUGCAAACUUCAGUCUGGGCGGUAAACAGGUUAUGCAACUAAGAUAUGCCAUUGAAAGUAUUAUCCGUGAACAACCUGAAAAGAAUGAACCCCUCUUUGUAGCUGUUAUUGAGCUACUUACUUCUGCAGCGACUCACCAGCCUGCUUUUCUUGCUGCUGUUUUUUCUGGUGAAGAGAUUAGACCUGACCAUUCAAGGAAUAAUGGUGAUUUAAAUGAAAACGGAAGGGAUUCCACUUCCCAGGCUUUGAAGUCUGACAAUGCAAUGCAUCUAGUGGAAAUGCUUGUGCUUUAUGUUGAAAAAUCUGAUACACUUAUUGAAAGGAAUGCCAGAGUUCUUUUGAGUAUACUGAAUCUUAUGAAAGCACUGUGGCAAGGAGCUGCACAAUAUACUGAUAUUCUGAAGGCCAUUAGAAAGUCUAAGAAGUUUUGGAAACAGUUGUCUGAAUCUGUAAUGCUCAUCAGCCGUACGGAAGCUCCCUCGCCAAUAAAUCUUCCUGAAACCGAGGCACAAAAGUGUUCGUAUGAGUAUCAAUGCCAGUCUGCUGCAUUAGAUAUUAUGGCUUUAGAAAUAUUUCUGCAGCAGAAGUUAUUGCAUGCCAAGUUUCUGAUAAGACAAACUGAUCAAUCCUUGAAAGGAAAAGUUGGAGGUAUUGGGACCAGUGCACAAGUGUCCGCAGAAUCAGAACACCUUGAAGAUAUCCUGUUAUCUUGGUCUGAUAGCGCUGGUUUGAGCGUCCUUCUAAAAUCAACUGCAACUUGCAUGUAUAAUACUGAUAUUUAUCUUCAAGCAAAGAUUGCUUUUGGUUUGCUUGCUUCACACAUAAUUGCGAAGUUGGCCACAGGUGAUGCUGGCAGCAUGUCUUUAUCUUUCAUAGAAGAAGUUACCACACUGUCUACAAAGUUGUUCAAUCUACCUGCAUAUUCUGAGUUGUGCACCCAAUAUUCACAGCAUGGUUACAGUGAAGGAAUACACAUAAAGAACUUGAUACUCAAUGAUCUCUAUUAUCAUAUACAAGGAGAGUUGGAAGGACGCAACAUCGAGCAUGGCCCAUUCAAAGAGCUUUCCCAGUUCUUAUCUGGCUCAGAUCUUCUGCAAGCUUAUCAGAAGAAGAGUGUUAAUGAUUUCUCAGCAGGAGGCAACAAUGCUUACUUGUUUGAUAUUUUGCGCCUUCAAGAUGACAUUGGCCUUGAAAUUUGGGAUCACUCGGAAUGGAAAGCAUCAAAAAAGAUUGUGGACACUACAUUACUGUACCUGCAGCGUGCCAACUCUAUGUUGUUGAUCCUUGGUUCAAGACUCCAAGCGUUGCGAGCUCUUAUCACAAUUAUAACUCUCAAUAUGGGGGAUAAAGUGGACAGACAGAAAAGUAUGUUGAAGAGAAUCUCAAGGGACAAACUUCUUUCAUGCGUAGACCAUGAAUGCAAGGAGUUACAAGUGACAUUGGGAUUACUUACAGCAGCUUCAGAUGCUCCGCCUCAGGAAGUUCUUAACUAUGUCGCUGCACAGACAGAAUUGCUUCUAUGUCUUGUUAGGCAUGUUGACAGUGGCAUGCCUUCACCUGCUUGUUUGGUCAUAUUGAACACUUGCGGUUUCGGCAUUAAAAAGUUGCGUGAGUCUAGGCUGUUUGGUGCUGAGGUUAAACUAAUAAUAAGGUCCCUAUUGAUGCUGAUUCAUUUGGUGGUGGAUCUCAGCUCUCGCAGUACCUUUUCUUUCAGCACAAAUGACAGUGAAUCUGAAGUCUCUAGUGAAGUGGUUAAUAGUUGUUUGGGCAUAUUGCCAAUACUUUGCAGCUGUACUGAAAUUCCUGAUCAAUCUAUUUCCCUUGUUGCCAUUGACCUUGUAAUCAAGAGGUUAUUAUCACCCACCACAUGGCUCCCCAUCAUCCAGCAACAUCUUCAUUUGCAGCAACUCAUUUUCAAGCUUCGUGAUCAGAGUUGUUUUGAAUCUCUUCCAGUAAUAAUGAAGUUUCUUUUGACCCUUGCUAGUGUCAGAGGAGGUGCUGAGAUGAUUGUUGCCUCUGGGUUCUUGACAUCUCUGAGAGUUUUGUUUUCGGAAUUAUCGAAUGGCUGUGUGGGUAACUGGGUUAAACCAGAGAAAUCCACAACACUGGUAACCGAGUUUGAAAAGCCACAGUUCAUCUGGGGAUUAGGUUUGGCUGUCCUUACAGAAACAAUUUGUUCUUUAGGAGAAACUACACUUCGUAACGAAGUGGUAGAUACCAUGAUAUCUUACUUCUUCUCUGAGAAAGCAAAUCUAAUAGCGUAUCAUCUUAGUGCACCCGGCUUACCGUCUGAUGACCAUGAUAAGAAACGGUUAAGGGCUCAGAAGAAGAAGACCUCUUUGUCUGCGUUUAGGGAGACGAAGCAUACUCUUAUGCUGCUAUGCAUCCUUGCCAAGCGCAGAAACUCGUGGGUAAAAGCCACCAAAGAAAUGGGUUCUGAGCUUCGGGGAAAUAUAAUCCAUCUUUUAGCUUUCAUUAGUAGGAGAAGUCACCGUCUUGGAGAGUCAUCUGCUCGGCCUGCGCCUCUUUUAUGUGCUCCAAUUUCCAAAGAGGAAAACGAUUAUUGCAAAAAACCAUCAUUUGUAAAUAGCAGAAAUGGAUGGUUUAUGGCUGCUGCUCUUGGGUGUGUACCAGUUGCCAGUAUUUCUGAUGAAUAUUCACAGACUGCUAUCAUGGUCAAGGACCAACCAAAUGGAAAUGUGGAGACAGGAAGAUCUACACACUUUUCAGAUACUGUUGCUGUACAGAUAUAUGAAGUCACAUUUCUCAUCCUGAAAUUUUUACUCCUACAAGCUAAAGAUGCUGCUGCACGGGCUGAAGAAUUGGGUUUCAUCGAUCUUUCCCAUUUCCCAGAGCUUCCUGAUCCAGAAAUAUUACACUGCUUGCAGGACCAGACAAUUGCUAUUGUUACUGAAGUUUGCGAAACCGAUAAAUCCAAACAGAUACAACCUAAUACCCAAGCUGUCUGCCUUUUGUUGCUUAAGAUAGUGGAAAUGGCUUUGUAUUUGGAACAUUGCGUCUCUCAAAUCUGCGGAAUUAGACCUGUGAUGGGACGUGUUGAAGAUUUCUCUAAACAAAUGAGGUUUUUAGUCAGAGCUACCGAGGGACAAACGUUUUUGAAGUCUUCAAUGAAGCAUUUGAAGCAAAUUGUAUCAUUCGUAUAUCCAGGUUUGUUACAAAAUGAAGGCAUUUUGUAGUAAAUUGCACUGUAGUGAGACAAGAGUUUCGUCAAACUUGUACAGAACAGAAUAUUGUAAAGGUAUUUAUCCUUUAUGUUUCUAUAGUAUCUUCGGACCAUUCCCGUUAUGUGGACGCUAGUGCGAUUCCAAGGGAGAGGUGGAGAGAAGUUGGGGAGAAGUAAAGAAAGAAAAUUCCUGCGUACCCAGAAAUACUUUUCCUAUCCAGAAGGUAAUGAGGAAUAUUUGAUAAAGGCCAAAAUUCACAUCUUCUGGGCUCUUGCUAUCUUGAAUCAAUGAAUUGUUUCACUUUUCAUCUGUAAAAAUAGUACUCGGUAACUAAAAUUUUGUAUUCUAUGUUAAUAUCUAUCAAAACGGAUCAUCUCUUUUUCA